AAUUGAAACAUAGAGAAAAAAAUCGGAAUCAGGUUAAUACCCAAAGUGGGAUGAACACUUGGGCAGUGUGGCUUUACAGUACAUACUGUUAAUCUGCUACACGAUUGGAGCCAAUUAACAAGUUCAAAAAGAUGAGUCGUGGGUAUUCAGAAAAUAACAAUUUCCUGAACAAUAACAGCCAAAUGGUAUUGGACAUGAUCCUUUAUCCAUUAAUCGGAGUCCAUCAGACCAUCAAUUGGGAAACUGUGGCAAGACUUGUGCCUGGAUUAACACCUAAAGAGUGUGCAAAAAGGUUUGAUGAACUGAAGAGCAGUGGAAGUUCUCCUGUUGACAACCAGUAUAAUACUCUAAUGGCUACUGGAGAGAGUCCUAUUGAAUCUUUAGCUAUGUAUAUUAAAUCCUCACUUCUUGAUACACAGGGAGAAUUUCAGGAGACUCCAGUCUGUCAGGAUACAGCUUCCAAAGCAGGAAGACACAGUAUAGCUUCCACAAGGAAUUGUUCUUCAGAAAGUGAAAAUUGUAUUACUCUUAACGGUGGUGAAGAAAAGACUGAAGAAACUGAAGGGCCAAACAUGGUAAUCCAUGUAUGUGAUGAAGCAAAAAACUUGAAAGAAGAUUUUAUUUGUCCACGAGAUCUUUUGAUAUCAGAAAUGAAGUACUUUGCUGAAUAUUUAUCUGUGGAUGCCCAGCGCUGGGAAGAGGUGGACAUUUCAGUUCAUUGUGAUGUUCACAUUUUCAACUGGUUGAUAAAAUAUGUUAAAAGGACCACCAAGGAGAAUAAAGAUUCUGAAACCCCCACUUUAGAGCCAGGCAAUGUCAUUUCAAUUCUUAUUUCUUCAGAGUUUUUAAAAAUGGAUUCAUUGGUCGAACAGUGUAUUCAGUAUUGCCACAAAAAUAUGAAUGCCAUAGUAGCUACGCCAUGCAACAUGAACUGUAUUAAUGCAAAUCUUCUUACACGUAUAGCUGAUCUGUUUACACAUAAUGAAGUCGAUGAUUUAAAGGACAAGAAAGAUAAGUUUAGGAGCAAACUUUUUUGUAAAAAGAUUGAAAGACUCUUUGAUCCUGAAUACUUGAAUCCAGAUUCUCGGAACAAUGCAGCAACAUUAUACAGAUGUUGUUUAUGUAAGAAACUUUUAACAAAAGAAACAGAAAGGAGAAUUCCUUGUACACCUGGAAAAAUCCAUGUGGAUCGACAUGGAAAUAUUAUCUACAUUCACAUAAGAGAUAAGACUUGGGAUGUUCAUGAAUAUUUGAAUAGUCUUUUUGAAGAAUUAAAGUCUUGGAGAGAUGUAUAUUGGCGCUUGUGGGGAACUGUCAACUGGCUAACAUGUUCAAGAUGUUACCAGACAUUUCUCUGUGUAGAAUUUUCACAUUGUCAAUAUCACUCAGAAACAGUGGUUUACCCUACCACAGCAAAUUCACUUAGUACCACCGGCACUGGAAUUUAUCCAUGCUGUAACCAAAAGGUUCUUCGGUUUGAUCCCACUCAGCUUACAAAGGGCUGUAAAGUGAGAGACCAUAUGGUUGCUCUUGAUGAUCAAGGUGAAGGUAGAGAUUUGCUGUCCUGCCCAACUACUAGAAUACUGGAUGAUCUACACAAGCACAAAGAUGUCAUUAUUGUGCCUUUUUCUAAAGAUGCAGUUAAUGAUUCUGGGCUUGGUCCCUGUGAUGAAAAGGGGCUGGACUGUGAUGUUUUGCUGGAGCCUAGUACACCGUGGGGCCCCAAAAGUGGGGAGCUUAAUGCUUUCUUGUCACUGAAAAACUGGACUCUGCAACUGAAGCAGCAGUCAUUAUUUUCAGAAGAAGAAGAAUAUACCACUGGAUCUGAGGUUACCGAAGAUGAAGUUGGUGAUGAAGAAGAAGUAUCCAAGAAGCAAAGGAAAAAAGAAAAACCAAAGAAGUUCACUAAACAACCAAAAAAACAGAUGUCUUCACCCUGUGGUCAAAAAAAAGAGAAGACAUUGGAAAAGGAAGGGAUAAAAAGCCAGUCAACUUCUAGAGAUGUAUCUCCUUUCGUUGUGAGUAUGCAGAAGAAUAAGUGGGAUGCCACGAGAUCAUUGAGAUUCAAUCAGGAUGCACAAAGAGAAGAUGACCAGCGACGUAUGUCUGAAAUUACAGGACACCUAAUAAAGAUGAGAUUAGGUGAUCUAGACCGUGUCAAGUCAAAGGAAGCAAAAGAAUUUGCGGGAGGUAUUUACUCCAGGCUAGAAGCACAAAUCAAGGCCUCAGUGCCAGUCAGUGCCCGGCAAACCAACUCAGAGAAAAACACAAGGUCUAAAAAUCGUUUUGGUCAAGGGCGUCCUGCAUAAAGCACCGUAAAAUAUGAAUGAAAAGACAGAAGACACACCUGUAGAUGUCUGAAAGUGCUCACUUCUUGAAACUCUUCAGAAUGAUGACUUUUAAAUGUAUUAAGUUAUUUAUUAAUCAUUCAUGCAAACCAUAUAAAUGCUAAGGAAAAUAUAUGGUUCUUAUAAAAUCUAAUUGUAAAUAUGAAGCAUCUUCACUCUUAAUUUUCUGUAGUGUGAUCUGGACUGUAGAAAACUAUUAUUUACAAAUUUGCAUAGUUAAGGUUCCUAAUAUUUGUCAUCCUUGUUUUAUUUAUUUGAGAAAGAAGAGACCUAAAUUCUUAAGUAGCUAAGAUGUUUUUUAAGCCGUGGAGAGCAGAGCUGGUAGUGCUGUCAUGCAUGUGCACUGACUGUGGUGUGUCUUUUGGGCUAGAAAUCUUGGGAUACCAUUGAGGACUACAAUUUUUUGUGAUAAAAUUCCCAGUGAUGUUACUUUUAGGUUUGCAUGAAUGCUAAGGAGUCACAGACCUCAAGAUUGCGUUAAAUAAAGUUUCAAGAUGAGACAUUACCUGUGUUGGGCAGAAGAGUUCAUUUUUUCCAGCGUAAUUCCAUGGAAAGCACAAUGUUAAUCCAAUCUUUUUUCUCCUUUUGGUUUUUAAUGCAUACCUGUUGGUCAUCUAAAGUGAGAUUUCUAAUUAUUGCCUCUUUCUUCUACAAGCCACUAUUAUUCUGAAUUUCCUGAAAUAACUGUUGGAAGUUUUGGGAUAGUAAAAUCACUUCAGUUGUAUGACACUCCUACCACCCCUACUGUGUUAUUCUCAGGGCUGUAAAUCCCAAUCAUAGCCCUUUAAAAUGUUUAUUGCUAACCAAACAGGAAGAGCUCAGGGAAAAUAUGUUUAAGCCAGAAGCAUAUGAAAAAUUACACAGAGUGUAGGUCUCUGAAAAACUUUAAGAUGCACUGUUUGUAUUUUUAGUCUUCAUUUGCCCUCGAGUUGAAAUUCUUUGUUAUUUAGAGGACAGGCUUUGCUAAUGUGUAACAGGAGGGCAGUUUCUGUUGAAAUGCUCAAAAAUUACUUUCAAUCUACACUGAAUCUAACAAAUAGUUCCUUUUGUUUUUAUGUGUACAAGAACUGGGAUACAGGUCAGAGGUUUGGGA